ACCCAUAAACUCACCAUGCAAGAAUCUAUCAAAUAGUAACUCAUACAAACACAACUUGGACCACUCCUCAUUAACCUCAAUGGAAUCCAAAACCAUCAACUCUGCAGCCUCAUCACCGCAGGACUCGGCCAUCGCCGACGUCCGCCGCCUUUACAAAGCCGUGGCGAGCGGCGGCGCAGGAGAAAUCCCCGGUGUGAUGAUCGCCGGCGACCUAGAAUGGUGGUUCCACGGGCCGCAGAAGUGCCAUUACAUGAUGAAGAAGCUGACCGGAGAAUCCUCCGGGCGGGAUUUCGAGUUCGAGCCUCGAAACAUCGACAUCGUCGACGAUCUCGUAAUCGUGGAGGGCUGGGAGGGGGCAGAGGUUUACUGGGUGCACGUGUGGACGCUCAAAGAUGGGGUCAUCACUCAGUUUAGAGAAUACUUCAAUACUUGGCUGACCGUCAGGGAUGUGCGGCCGCUCAGCUGCUCCGGCGGCGGCGCCGCUCCUCUCUGGCAGAGCCACCCUCAAGAUUUGCCUGAACGCUCGCUUCCCGGCCUCAUGCUUGCCAUUUAGUCCAUGCGUAUAUGUUUCCAGUUAAAAAAUGUUUUCUUCUUUUAUUUUAAGAUGGUGACAAAGUGUAUAUUAAAUUAUUAACUGUUAAGCUUGGCAUAAUUAAGGUUUAAUUAAGAAAAUUGAUGUGAUGUAGAAA